CGCAUUCCGCUGUGAAUGGCUAUUGGCCGUGGACGCUUUCAUUCAGCUGUUGAAAUUUCGACAAGAACAAAACCAAAACUGCGUCGGAAUAUUUAUAAAUUCAAAGAAAUCGCGAUGAAAACGGAAUCCAACGAAAAGUGGGUUGUGUGCCGCGUUUGUCUGAACAAUCCCAGCGACGGCGAGGAGCUGCUCCACGAGAUAUUCAGUCAAACGGCUUACACUCGAUUAGAUCAGAUGCUACACAUUUGCGCAGGCAUACCAGUAAGUGUAGGUGAUAAUUUUCCCGACAAAAUGUGCAGCAAGUGUGUACGCUGCCUGCGGCUCUGCUAUAAGUUCCGACUGACCUGUCAGCGGUCGCACCAGCACAUCAUGGAUAUGCUCGACCGGGAGGCCUGUAAUACCAAAGCAUCUGGCGAUGGUGACAUCCUUAACCUCUCGGAAGAUAUAACGGUGGAGAGCGUGGUGAAGACUUGGGAGGAGGAUGCCAACCAACUAUGCGAGGCAUUUAAAGUGGAGGACAUGGGGUUUGACCAUCCAGAACAGCAUCAACAGAAUCUUAUUACCUACUUAGUGGAAGAUGCCGAGUGCGCUGAUGCUGUUUUGCUCGAUGAAGAGGAUCCUCCGCAGGCUGUUUUUGAUGUAGCCCAGACUGUGGUUGAGGACACAGAAUCCUACGCAGUAUAUGAAGAAUAUGAACUGCUUACCAGCAAUAAUCCAACAGAUGAGCACCACUCUGACACAAAUUUGACCACAGAAGAACUUCCAGAUGAUGACGGGACCGAGGAUAUAAUCAGUUCCGAUGAAAGUUAUGUCCCUGAGGAAAAGCCAGCUCGCGCAGCGACGACUACUCGCCAGCGUUUGACAAGAAUGCCAGCUCCAGCUAAAGUAACCACUACAGAUAUCGAAGUUGCCAAAAAGAAGCUGGGCAGGAAACCGCGCAACAAGCUCUGCACUUACAUCUGCGACGUAUGCGGGAAUAUCUACCCCACUCAGGCGCGUCUUACCGAGCACAUGAAAUUCCAUUCUGGUGUUAAACCACACGAGUGCGAGAUCUGCGGACGUGGCUUUGUCCAGAAUCAACAACUGGUGCGCCACAUGAACACGCAUACAGGAAAUCGUCCAUACAAAUGCAAUUAUUGUCCAGCUGCCUUCGCCGAUCGUUCCACCAAAACUAAACAUCAUAGAAUUCACACCAAGGAGCGUCCCUACGAGUGCGACGUUUGUUCUAGAACUUUUACCUACUCGGACAACCUCAAGUUUCACAAGAUGAUCCACACGGGGGAGAAACCGCAUGUCUGUGAUAUUUGUGGCAAAGGCUUUGUGAAGGCCUAUAAGAUGCGAUUGCAUCGUGGAACGCACGAAAGGCGUGGUUCCUGCCAAUGGAAACCUGAUGUGGAAAUGAACGCCGAAGGAGGGAGUCUUAAGGAGGAGUCGGCAGAGACCCCCAGUUAAUUAUCCAAAAAAUAUUUAAACAAAUAAGGACUUGUUUUCUUUAAGUUGAUAUGGAUAAGACCCAUUAGUUUUAGAUUUCAAAAAGCCCAUUGUUAUAGCUCUUCCAUUAAAAAGUCUGUGGAUUUAUA